CGUCUAAUACAUGGAGCGCGCUCGGAAACUAGCUAACAGGGCGUUCCUCAGGCGCCUGGUUUCGGAUUCCAAGCAGCCGCAGCGCCAUACUUCUUCUACACAUUCGUCGCCGGCGUUGUUCCAUCCUGCGAGGUAUGUUUCUUCCCUCUCUCCCUCUGCAUUCCCAGCAGCAGCUUCUUCUAGAUCCGAUUUGUUACCCAGAAGAAAUGCUCCCGCCAGCAUUGGUUGCAAUCUUCUUGGGUCUCAGACCCGUUCCAUCUCCCUUGAAUCCUUGAAACCAAGCGAUACAUUCCCCCGUCGUCACAACUCUGCCACCCCUAAAGAGCAGACCUUGAUGGCGGAAUCAUGUGGGUUUCCCUCCCUUGAUUCCCUUAUCGAUGCAACUGUCCCUAAGGCUAUUCGGAUCGAACCCAUGAAGCUUCCUAAGUUCGACGAGGGCUUGACAGAGAGCCAGAUGAUCGAACACAUGAACAAACUGGCAUCUAGGAAUAAGGUCUUCAAGUCCUUUAUUGGGAUGGGCUAUUACAACACCUCAGUCCCUCCUGUGAUCCUGAGGAACAUCAUGGAGAACCCUGGUUGGUACACACAGUACACUCCUUACCAGGCCGAGAUAUCUCAGGGUCGCCUCGAGUCUCUCCUCAACUACCAGACCGUGAUUACCGACCUCACUGGCCUUCCCAUGUCCAAUGCUUCCCUGCUCGACGAGGGUACUGCUGCUGCGGAGGCAAUGUCCAUGUGCAAUAACAUCCAGAAGGGCAAGAAGAAGACUUUCCUUAUCGCGAGCAACUGCCACCCUCAGACCAUCGAUGUAUGCCAGACCAGAGCUGAUGGCUUCGACCUCAAGGUGGUUACAGCUGAUCUCAAGGAUUUCGACUACAAGUCUGGAGAUGUUUGUGGGGUUCUUGUACAGUAUCCAGGCACUGAAGGAGAGAUUUUGGAUUAUGGGGAGUUCGUAAAGAAUGCUCAUGCAAAUGGGGUGAAAGUUGUAAUGGCGACCGAUCUCCUGGCGCUCACCAUGUUGAAGCCUCCCGGUGAAUUUGGUGCUGAUAUUGUCGUUGGCUCCGCUCAGAGGUUUGGGGUCCCAAUGGGCUAUGGAGGUCCUCACGCCGCAUUCCUGGCCACCUCCCAGGAUUACAAGAGGAUGAUGCCCGGUAGAAUCAUCGGUGUCAGUGUCGACUCAGCCGGAAAGCCUGCUCUGCGUAUGGCGAUGCAGACCAGGGAGCAGCAUAUCCGUAGGGACAAGGCCACCAGCAACAUCUGCACUGCUCAGGCGUUGCUUGCAAACAUGGCUGCUAUGUAUGCGGUCUACCAUGGACCUGGAGGUCUCAAAACCAUUGCUCAACGUGUCCACGGUCUUGCUGGGGUUUUCGCACAUGGGCUAAAGAAACUUGGGACUCUGGACGUUCAAGGGCUCCCCUUCUUUGACACUGUAAAGAUUAUGUGUGCUGAUGCACAUGCUAUUGUUGAUGCUGCUUACAAGAAUGAGAUGAAUCUGCGAAUUGUAGAUUCAAACACAAUAACUGUAUCCUUCGACGAAACCUCUACCUUAGAGGAUGUGGAUAAACUAUUUUCAGUCUUUGCAUGUGGCAAGCCUGUUCCUUUUACUGCUGCAUCUCUGGCACCAGAGGUUCAGACUGCAAUCCCAUCUCAACUCACAAGAGAGAGUCCGUACUUGACUCACCAAAUCUUUAACAUGUACCAUACGGAACACGAACUCCUCAGAUACAUUCACAGAUUACAGUCUAAAGAUCUGUCACUCUGCCACAGCAUGAUUCCUCUGGGAUCUUGUACAAUGAAAUUGAAUGCAACAGUAGAGAUGAUGCCAGUGACAUGGCCUAGCUUUGCUGCCAUUCACCCCUUUGCUCCUGUCGAGCAAGCUAUGGGUUAUCAGGAAAUGUUCGAGGAUUUGGGUGAACUAUUGUGUGCCAUCACUGGAUUUGAUUCAUUCUCACUGCAACCCAAUGCUGGUGCUGCUGGCGAGUAUGCUGGGCUGAUGGUUAUCCGUGCUUACCAUAUGGCAAGAGGAGACCAUCACCGUAAUGUGUGCAUUAUACCCGUCUCGGCACAUGGAACUAAUCCUGCAAGUGCAGCCAUGUGUGGAAUGAAAAUUGUUUCUGUUGGAACUGAUGCCAAGGGAAACAUUAACAUUGAAGAGUUAAGGAAGGCCGCAGAAGCCAAUAGGGAUAACCUAUCUGCUCUUAUGGUCACAUAUCCUUCCACUCAUGGAGUUUAUGAAGAAGGCAUUGAUGAGAUCUGCAAGAUAAUUCAUGACAAUGGUGGUCAAGUUUACAUGGAUGGGGCUAACAUGAAUGCACAGGUGGGCCUAACAAGCCCAGGUUGGAUUGGAGCAGAUGUUUGUCAUCUCAAUCUCCAUAAAACAUUUUGCAUCCCUCAUGGUGGAGGUGGUCCUGGCAUGGGACCCAUUGGUGUGAAAAAGCACUUGGCGCCAUUCCUGCCAUCACAUCCUGUGGUGCCUACUGGUGGUAUACCAUUGCCUGAAAAAUCCCAGCCUCUUGGUACCAUUUCAGCUGCACCCUGGGGUUCUGCACUUAUUCUGCCAAUUUCCUACACCUACAUAGCCAUGAUGGGAUCAAAGGGACUCACAGAAGCAUCAAAGAUAGCAAUCUUGAAUGCAAACUACAUGGCAAAGUGUUUGGAGAACCACUACCCCAUUCUUUUCCGUGGUGUCAACGGCACGGUUGCCCAUGAAUUUAUCAUCGAUUUAAGAGGUUUUAAGAAUACUGCUGGGAUAGAGCCCGAAGAUGUUGCUAAGCGUCUUAUAGAUUAUGGAUUCCAUGGACCAACAAUGUCAUGGCCAGUUCCAGGCACACUUAUGAUUGAACCAACCGAGAGCGAAAGCAAGGCUGAGCUAGACAGGUUUUGUGAUGCUCUUAUAUCCAUCAGACAAGAAAUUGCACAGAUAGAAUCUGGGAAAGCUGAUAUUAACAACAAUGUUCUCAAGGGAGCUCCUCAUCCACCGUCAGUUCUCAUGGCAGAUACUUGGACUAUGCCAUAUUCACGGGAUUAUGCGGCUUUCCCUGCUUCUUGGCUCCGUACUUCUAAGUUCUGGCCUACAACAGGACGGGUGGAUAAUGUCUAUGGUGACCGGAAUCUCAUCUGCACCCUUCUCCCAGCAUCACAAGCUGUUGAAGAGCAAGCUGCAGCAACCGCAUAAUCGUCAACAUGCUCUGCAUAUACCUCACAGGAAGAAAAAGCCAUCUCAGUCCCUCUUAAUUGUAUAUAGACAGUCCAUAUUUAUACACUGAUGCAGUUGCUGACUUUCAAGCUUCAUAAUAUGAUAUCUGAUCACCUGCUUCUUCCAAUAAUAUUUGUUGCUGAUUGCAACUCAAGUUUCUGUAA